GCAAAUACAGAUGGCAUGAAAAGUAUUCUAGAAAAUUCUGCGCUCAAUUAUCCAGAAGUGAGAAACCUUGAGAAGAAGCAAUGUUGAGGAAUAAAUAUAUAGAAACAGCUCUUGUGCUGGACCAGACUUUAAUUGAAGAAUUUAAAUCUCCACCAGAAGAUAUCGCUGCAGCUGCUCUUGAAAUAAUCAACUAUGUAAAUCUGCUCUUUCAACCUUUAAAUACUUACGUGAGUCUAGUGUAUUUGGAACUAUGGGAAGAAGAUCAAAUGAAAUUUGAUACUGUCAUGAAUGAAACUUUAUCUGAUUUUCAAGAUUAUACUGCACGUAAGAUAAAUCGGAUAUCUGUAGAUGCAGCACAUUUAUUAACAGGCUUUAAAUUUGAUUCGGAUAAAAACGGCCUUGCAUUUAUCGAUAGCAUAUGCACCGCUAAUGCUGCUGGUCUAACAAGGGUAGAUAAUCAUUUUCAACCUCAUAUAACGUCUUUCAUUCUCGCUCAUAGUAUAGGACAUAAUCUUGGAAUGAGUCACGACCAAGCACAUUGCAAGUGUUCAAAUUAUUCAGCAUGCGUCAUGACAAAUGAUGUGCCAUUGCUAAGCUCUGCAUUCUUUUCAAACUGCAGUGUUGGAGAAUUUUACCAGACUCUCAGUAAAGGUUAUGGUGCUUGUCUGUUUAAUAUGCCAACAAUGAGAAUGUCUGUUUGUGGCAACAGGAUUACAGAAGAACCAGAAGAGUGUGACUGCGGCACAGUCGAGGAAUGUGCUACAGAGAACCCUUGUUGUGAUCCAAUGACCUGCAAACUGAUCAAGCAUGCACAGUGCUCAUCAGGACCAUGUUGUAGGAAAUGCAAAUUGUUGUCACCGGACCAUUUAUGUCGGUCUUCCAAAGGCGAGUGCGAUAUUGCAGAAUUCUGUGACGGAAAAAGUGGUGAGUGCCCUGAAGAUCUUUACAAGAAAAAUGGAGCCAUGUGUUCUGAUGGCAAUGGUUAUUGCUUUCAAGGAGCUUGCCCUGUUUUAAAAGAACAGUGUCAAGAAAUCUGGGGUCAAAAUGCAGAUGUUGCUGAUUCAGUCUGUUUCAAAAGGCUCAAUGUCCUAGGAACACCUUACGGCAACUGUGGAUCGGACAGCGAUGACCAGAUUCAUAAAUGCACAGUAGAGAACUCGCUUUGUGGCUUGAUACAAUGCAGUAAGGGCGAAGUUUCGACUUCAGAUGAGACGCUCCCAAUAGAAUAUGUUGUGCAUAAAAUGAAUUCACAAGGAAGGAUACAUGAAUGCAAAGUCAGGAUUUUCGGGUCAAAGGAUUUCAAACGAAACCUUGUGAAAGACGGGACAAAAUGCGGUUACUGGAAGCUAUGUGUGAAUCAAACAUGUACCAGUGUCAAGGAUAUAGUAUCAGGAAAUUGUCCUUCGGUAGAUCCCGAGCUGAUGUGCUCCGGACAUGGAGUUUGUACUAACAUAAACACGUGCGUCUGCGACGAAGGAUGGAAAGGAUUAGAAUGCAAUAUAGUCGAUGAAGAAAAUAAAUGGAGAACCACAAACGAAGAUUCUGAAUAUUAUGAUUCAAUCCAAGAAUCAAAUAUGAAACCUUCUUAUAAAGGUCGAAAUGAAUUGAACCUUCAUCCGAACUUAGUCAUCAUAGUUAUUGCUGCAUCAAUAACUAUUGGCCUAAGUCUUUUACUUAUCUUGUUUCUAUUUAUUAUUUACAGAAAAUUAUGAGAAGCAAAUGAAUCAACACAUGAUAAAAGAAGGAUAUUCAUCUUUUCAUCUAUUUCAUCAUGGAUUCUGGAUUUAUAUUUGGCAUUUUAUUAACAGAAGGAAAGAUGAAAAUCUACAGGACUUCACCUACAUUAUUUCAUGUAAUUUUAAUCAGCAUUUAAAUAAAAAAAAAAAAAAAAAAAAAAAAAAAAAAAAAAAAAA